CUAGCCGCCAUAUUGCAAAAAAUAAUUGCAGAACAGAUUACAUUCAGCUGUUUAACUGAAAAAUGGCGCUUUUAAACAAGAAAAAGAAGUCUUUUAUUGGAGUACCUGCCCCUCUAGGUUAUGUUCCAGGUCUUGGAAGAGGGUAAGCCUUAGAAUUUAGGUGAUAUCAAUUCGGCUUUAUUGAAAAUCGUUUUAACUACGUUCUUUGAAGUACAUGUACAUGUGACUUAGACUGCAAGCAUAAAUCCAGAUGAAGUAUGAAGUAUUAUGUAAAAGAACCGUAAAGAAUUAAAUUCCAAGCGGCAAGCAUUAUUUUAACACAUAAUUAAGAAUCCUCGACACUUGAAUGUGUAAAUCUUGGUCAAUAGUUUUAACGUGAUUGAAUAAGCAGCUGAGCUGACACCGUAAUGUUAUGACCAUCAUCAAUGAUCCUUUGACCAGCUAUUAGAGCGGUUUUCACUUGACUGUCGUAAAACCAAAACCAAAGUAAAUACACUAGCCAACCAAAGGGCGUAGUAAAACCAAAACCAAAACCAAAACCAAUCCCUUUCGACAGUCAAGUGAAAACCGCUCUAUACCACUCUAUGUGUCUCUAUCACUGAGUUUAAGUUGCCCCUGCUCUUGCACGUUCAACAGAGAUUAAGGGAAUCUCUGUUCUAUAAAUUUCGCUCUAUAAAAAAUGUAAAAGGAGCAUUAAAUAUUUCAACGAAAAACAUCACUCUUCUUCAUCGAUACGUAGCAAACUAGUCACUAUACUGAUUGUGUUUUUUACUUUAUGUUUUCUAACAAAGCGAUCCAAAAACAUAACCUGAACUCGCAUUCUCGAAAUGCAGAAAACUAAGGAUAACAUAAAACCACGGUGUAACUUUUACGGAAAUUUGUACCUUUCAUUCAACAUGGUAAAUUGUUUCCCGAUCGUGGACGCCAAUGCUUGUGUGGAGAUGUAAUGCAAUCUGAUGCAAAAAAUGCCAACCAAAAAUUUGCACUUGGCUCAAGGUGGCUGAGUGACAUUUCAGCAAAAAUCAGAACUUUAUAGUAGUGCGAAAUUCAGGGUGCCCAGCAUCUGAGCCUACAUAUAUAGCAAGCUAAGUUUUAGGCAAAAGAUUUCUUACAGUAGUCUCCUGAAAGUAAAGAAAACCAGGAGCCACUAGGCACUGUCAGUGCACAGCCGUGAUUUCAGUUGACUCAGUCAUGAGUAACAGUCAAAUCUUUUUUACAGACACCCUCAGGAAGGAGAAAAAAGGGUUUUUUCAACCGGAAUUGGUCACCUAUGGGAAUGGUUUUUGUGGGCAGAGAGUAACAUUAGGGUUUUGUGAUUGAAGGUGGCUGUAAGUAGAGCUGUCUACUUACAAGUAUGUGUUGUUCUACUGCAAGUUCAUUUAAGAUGAAAUGUAAAGGAAAUAUAUAAUUUCAUUUUGUAAAAUUCAGAUAACCAGAUAAAGAACCAUGUGAAUAAUGUUCUUCCACAGAGGUUUUAUUGGAAUGGUCACACAGGGUUCUCAAUAGAUUUUUAAGUAGGAGGUGAUCACUGAUAAAGUAGGAGGCUCUUCAGCAAAGCCAGAGGUGUCAAAACAAAGCAAAGAAAAGCGACUUAAACACAAAGUAAGCGGCUAUAAAUUCCAAAGUAAGCGGCGAUCAAUCGCCGGGUGCCACCUUCUAUUGAGAACCCUGUCACAUAUUUCUCCUUAAAACUCUUUACCUACCUCUUUAUCUACCCUAAAAGUUAUGUCCCCCUCAUUUUGUAGUGCUACUGGUUUCACUACUCGGUCAGAUAUUGGUCCUGCCAGAGAUGCUACAGAUAUAAGUGAUGAGCGUCAUGGAAAGCCAGGAUUUGCCACUGAGAAGAAAUCACAGGAUGAAGAAGAGGAAGAAGAUUUAAAUGAAACUAAUUAUGAUGAGGUACUCAACGGUUUUAAGAUUUUAGGCAAUGAUGGAUACUUGGUUUGUUAUUUUUUACAGUAUAGUGCAAAUGUGAAUUUCAUUCCUCUUUAUCAGUUCUCGAACUUCAAAGCAUUCAAAGUAAUUUUCAUAACUUGUAAAAAAUAGACAGUAUCCAGACAGCCACCUUUCAGAAGAUUUCAAACAUCAAAUUAUUUUGUUCCCAUUAAUUAAAUGCACAUUUGUGCGUAUAUUAACCCACAAAAAUUGAAAGGGAAGCAUGCUUCUUUGAAUCAAGAGUCCCAGGGACCCACAAAGACUGGUUACUUCCCCUACCUCUUUGCAAUCUUUGGCCUCAUGUAAGAUGAAAUCCUGGACAUUCCUUUGCAUUAAUUACAUGUAAAAGGAGAGCUACAUAUGGCAAUUUUACUGUGUUAUUUCAAGAAAGACACUGGACCUUCCAAAAAUAUUUUGUCAUUGUACCAGUCCUCUCCCCUGCCACUCUUUCAGUUACAAGUACAGUGUAAAUCCACACAACGAGAGUCUGGGGACCCUUUAAAACCAAAAAGUGCCCUUAAGUUGCUGGGACUGGAUGUCCUAAGGACUGUUAAUGUAUGAAAAUGAGUGGGAACUGUGCUCUGGAUGUUGUUCAAGAUGCCCCGAUAGUAAAAGCUGGUCUGUCAUCAUCAUUAGGGUACUGAUCAUAUUUUUCAUUGUGGGACUGGUGGUUUUCAUUUUCUUGAGCCACUACAUAUUUAAGAGGAUAAUUGGAUAACAAUAAUAAUAUUCCCUUAGCCUUGAAUUGUCAUCAUAGAAAAUAUUUAUGGUAGUUUGCAGGAUAUGGUGGAAGUUUAUUCUCCAGUUGUCCUUAUGAAAAAGAUGAUGAGGAGGCAGAUGCUAUAUAUGAUUCAAUUGAUAGGAGAAUGGAUGAUCGAAGAAAAGAGAGAAGGUUAUUUGAUACAGCUCUUAUAAAUCCUACAAGCAGUCAUCUCACCCUUGCUUAUUUGAGAAAAAACCUUUUAUUUCAAUUUGUAAAAAACCAGAAAAAAUAAGACAUUACUUCAGGAGAGUACAACGUGUACAUCUCAGUGGCUUUGAGUUUAAUUUCAAUGAUUUUUCUCAGUCUACCUCAUUACUCUACCAGCUAACUAUGGAAAAAGAAAUUUUGCACCAUCACAGUUUAUGUAUGUAGCAAUUUAUCAAUUAUGCAGAGAAAGGAACUUAGUGAUGGAAAUUGUAUAACUAUUUCCAAUCCACUCUCUUUAUUUUCAACUUUGGUGUUAACCCUUUAAGUCCCAAUAGUGUCCAACAGCAAUUUUCUCCUAACGAUAUUCAUACAUUAUCACAAGAUUAGGUUAUGAGAAUUAAUAAAAUGAUCACCCAAGAGAAAAUACUUUGAUCUUUUAUCAAAUUCUCUUAACUAAUUCUUAAAGGAAAUGUAUAGAGAUCAGUUUGGAGAAUUUGUAUGUGGAUAUUGGGGCUUUAAGGGUUAAUUAAUUGUGUUUAUGAUAAUUAGGGAGAAACGUUUUAAGGAGGAAAUUGAGCAGUAUCGACAGGAAAGACCUAAAAUUCAACAGCAGUUCUCAGAUCUCAAGGUAUCCAAUUAAUUUAUUAUCCUAGUGUUUAUCAAUUAUAGAUGCGAAGAAGAUGUGAGGCUGUGAGGCAACAGCCUAAUAUUUAAAGUUGUGCACAAAAGUUCCAAGGCAGAAUUAAUCUCGAAUCAAUGCAACAUAUAAUAGUGUAAGGUAACUUUUAUGACGUAAUGCAGAACAGACAAUGCAUUGUUUUAGAGCAAACACAUGAUAUAGAACAGAGAAUCCAUAAGCUGUGUGCGUGUUUGUGAGUCCCGUGCUCAUCCCUUCUUCAACCAGUUUUCAGGUGGAUUCAUUUGCACCAUACGUGUAUAGCUGUCGCAUUUGCCAGCUGGAAUUUUUUAUUGUAUGCUGCUAAGAAAAAAUAAUAAUGCCACAAAAUUUAUUGUGUCUUUGAAGCAAAAUAAUUUGGAAGGCUUCAUCAGCACACCAUAAAUCUUAUCCAUAAUGCCUGGUGUCAAACCUUCUAGCUACCAUCUUAGGAAAGAAACUUGAUAUUAACCUAAGAUUAAUACUAUGCCUUUUAAAAAUUCUUUUAUUAACUGUUUAGUUUUUAAAUAUGAAUUAGCUUUGUAAUAUACUUUGUAUUGUGUUCUCUUGAAAAUAGAAAAAAAUAAAUAAAUUCCAAAAGAAAUAUCAUAGGGAGCAGCUGAUUGUUUACAAAAAUAUCGUUGUGUUGUUGUUAGCGCAAGUUAGGAGAUGUAUCUGAAGAUGAUUGGCUCAACAUUCCAGAAGUUGGAGAUUAUAGAAAUAAAAAACAACGAAAUCCCAGGACAGAGAAGUAAGCUAGUGUUAACUUGUGAGUCUGUGUACUCAAUAAAUAAAUUUUUCGUAUAAUAUUUAUUAAUGGCUGUCACCUCAAGGGCUGGGGAUUUCCCCUGGUCAAUAUGAGCAUAAAACUGGGGCCCAAAGGGCCAAAAACGUUUUUUGUGAGACCAGGGGCCUGUUUCUUGAAAGCCCUGGAAACUUUUCGGGCCCGUAAAGCUAUUUUUCGUUCAACUGUACCUAAAAACGGAGAAGUGUGGAGCUCAUUCGCAGAUGAACACAACACUUUACCAAAAUCGACCAGGAGAAACAUAAAAUUGAACAAAUUUGCAUUUGGAACCCCAUGACUGCCGGAUUUAUUAUUUAAACAUUGAUUUACGUCAUCAGUAUGGAAUUUCUGUCGCUGAGUCACAGACGUUGCUCUUCACGAAACAUCCCUCAGCGGCGAUGAGCGAGGGGAAACGUUUGCCGUUGGCAGGCUAAGAGCAGAACAGCUGGUGCAAAGGAAGCAGUUCUCAUUGCUCUAAAUUAAUAUGAUGGCCUUUUAGCAGGAAUUAUUCGUAACCAUCUAUUCUUGACAAUGACUGUAUUUUAUUGUGUUAAAUUAUUAGGUUCACCCCAGUACCUGACAGUGUCCUCCAUAGUGCACUCAUGACUGGAGAAAAGAUGACAUCUCUUGAUGCAAGGCAGCAGGUACAACAUUUUGUAUUUAUGUUACAGUUCCAUAUGGUUAUUAGGGACUUUAAGAUCUGGCAACGUGACAGCAACAAGGACAACUAAAAAAAUAGGUUUAGUAGGCAAAACAACAGUUUUGCAUCUAUAUCACCCUUUUUUGUAUAUAAAUUCUCUGCAUUUUUGCAUGACAGAGAACGUGAAGUAAUGCCUAAUUUUACAUUUUAUGGAGAAUGCAGGCAAGCACAGCAAAAUUUUAUUUCUCUUUCUGAACUUGGAUAUUUUCCUUAGGAAUUCAACUCCAGAAGGGUUUGCCUAAGGAAUAACAACAACACAAUGUUUAAGCAUUGUUUUUGUGGUCAUUGCAUCAUCGGAUCUUAUAGUCGCCAUUGGUAAUAUUUAUUGUUUAAUCCUCUAAGGGUAGCUCAGUGAAAGUCUUUGACGAACUCAACCAGGAUAACGAGGGCAGGGAAAGUGUCACGGACAAAAUUAAUUAAUUUUUGCAUUCUUUCAAACUUGAUUCUCUUUAUUUGGCCUCACUCAUUUUGUCAAAUGUAGGCAAAUUAAUUUUUCCCUUAAUUCUCAAGGCCUGCAUCUGAGUUCUAAAACAAAAAACAAAAUUUGUCUUCAUGUCUGUUCAUGUCCUCCAUAAAAUAUCACAUUCAUUAAGGAAGUUUUCCAUUGUGGUUGUCUUGUUUAUGUUAAAGAAUUGUACAAAAAAAGGGUGAAGAAUCUUUGUUGACAUUCUCAUUGUCGCGGUUGUGAUGGUUGUGUGAUCUCCCUGUUUUCUCUCUAGAAAUUUGGUGGAUUUCAAACGCCAUUUCCUGGUGGUAUGACACCAAGUGGAAUGAUGACAGGGCUUUCUACACCGUCUGCAGAUCUUGAUUUGAUCAAAAUUGGAGAGGCAAGGAAGUCUCUUGUUGGAGUCAAGCUGGAUCAGGUAAUAUUAUAAGUACAAGUUGCUUUUAAGACUACUGUAACUCAUUCGAGAGAAAGAUCAAAUCCAACAGCUUUAUCUCACAUACAGGAGAUGCGAAUCACUCACUAAAGAACACCCUGACUUUUAUUCAAACUUUUUUAGUUGUUUUUGCAUUAGAUGAGUAGGAUGGCUUGCCAGUAGCCAAAAGCUUAUCGUGGCAAGUUAGACUGUACACAAAAUAAUAAGUUUCUUACACAAAUAUACAUAUUUUCAGAAAGAAAAUAUAUUUUAUCAUGCAACUGCAAACUAUGUACGCAUUACACUUCAUGUUAUUAUUAAUCAAUAAUUUAGAAAGAAAAAAGUUAGGGAAGAAAAACAAUAAAAAACUAAAGAACAUUAUGUCAAGAGGAAAGCUACAAACUCAACUUAAGUGAAUAUUUCAUUUAUUAAUAAGUAAUAAAAUGAAAAAUUAACUUACUAAUUAUUAGUGCAUCAACUUCAAUGCUUAAUCCUUACCAGCGUAGUUUUAAUAUUGAAUAAAAACUGGACUUUCCUGAGCAAUGUACAAUGUGACCGGUUUUUGUAUUCAGUAGUGCAUUGAUGACUGCUGUAAAGAGGUUUUUUUUCUGCCCGUUAGCACUUUGAUGAAAAUGAAAACUCCUUGAUCUUUAUCUGUUAGUGAUUUUCGUUGUUGGCAUGGAUUGAUACCAAAAGAUGUCAGCGAGAGUUAUAGCAUUAUGUAAAAAAAGGACACAAAAAUGUGGACUGUCUUAUUUUUUGAAAUUAAUGUUUUUAUGAAGAAACUAAAACCCAGUCUUUUUGUUCAGUGUAAGUCAGUUUGUGCUAAGGGAUUUUUUUUUAUUUUUCUGAUCCCUCUUACUGUCCUUAUUUUGAGAUAAUUUUUACUUACUUUUUAGCGGCAUAGUUAUUUCACACUUUUAAAUAAUUAAUCAUUUUUCUUUCUAUUCAUAAAUUUUGAUAGAUGUUGAGUUUUCUUAUUUUUGUCAACUAAAUAGUUAAUCUGUCAAUGCUUGAAGCAUGAUUGAAAUGUUUCUCCACAAUAAUUGCAAUAAUUAUUCUACUCGUCAGAUUUACUAUAAAACUAUUUGGAGUCACCUACUGGACCUAAUUUAGUUGUUGCAUUUUAAUUCUGUCCGCAAUUUAUGUCUUUGAUUUAUAGGCAUCUGAUUCAGUUAGUGGUCAGACUGUUGUGGAUCCUAAGGGAUAUCUUACAGAUCUUCAGAGUUUAACACCCUCCGCUGGUGGAGAUAUUGGGUAAGAACGGUCAGCAGUAUUAUUUUAUCAGUGAAUAGGGGAUAUCCUCUUCGCCCCACCCCACAAACAAGCAAAAUCUGCACCCAGUAGACAAGAUAUUUUAACUGGAAGGUACCUUUUGGAGCAGCCUGUGAGCAAGCUCUCUAUUUGGGGGAUAUUGUGAAAAGAAGACGUGCAAGAAGCACGCAAGAGGAGACAUGAAAAUGGGGCAAGAGAAAGCUCCUUUCCUUGGCCCCUCAGUGAUAACUUGUUAUCGAUUCCCUUCUACCUGUGAAGGUCUUGGUAUAAUUUUUUUCAACUUUGUUUCAAAUUAUUGUACGUCACAUUGUGUAUAUGCUCUGUGUAGGGAUAUAAAGAAAGCACGACUUUUGUUGAAGUCUGUUAUUACUACAAACCCACAACAUGGCCCUGGUAAGUAACGACACUUGUUUUCAAAGCUUUUUUAAAAGUUACAGUGUAGUAUUAUUGCUAUUAACCCUUUCGCCCCUGGGAAUUUUGGGGUCAGCGUUACAUGAUUUUAUUUUGCCUUUUUCUCGGGCCUUCUUGACUGAAUGGCGCUCAUUCUGGUAUGGUUUGAAAGAUCUGUUCUCCCUGUACAAGGAAAAUGGCAAAAUUAUCCUUGACCGCCUAAACAUGACAUCACAAGCGGUACAAGGGACGUAAAUACACCCCGGCAGUUACGUGCGCUUCCGCGGCAAAUUGGUUAUGGGAAGUUACAAAUUUUUGUAUCAGCAAGAGAAUAUACUUAUGCUCCAUAAUCAUUUGAUUUUUUGUUGUUGUUGUUGUUGUAAUUUGUAUGAAUAGUAUGCUGUUUGGUCAAAUAUGUUUGAACAAGAUAUGAAUCUGAAAAAAUACUUAUGCCUGUACAACUGAACUUCUGUUCUCCAAGAAUGGCAAGAUAAAAAAAAUAGCUCUCUAUAGAGAGAACAUGUUUACAGUUUUUGUUAUAUCUGUUUUGCACUUGUGAUUUUAUUGGCUUGCUGUGUCAUAUAAGCUUGAAACGCAACCUGUUCUGUUGAAGAAAUUUAAUGAGUUCUUGCAUUAAGGUGACACUUGUUUAUCUGACGCAUCAUGUAGCAUACCUAUGACUAGCCUUGAAGAGAAAGUGAAUGUUAUUUUCAUGUUAUGUAGCGUGCCGAUGACCGCAGUUACCCCUUGUUUGCAAUUACUUUUGACUAAAAAAAAAAUUGACAAGCAACAACUAGAGCGUAAUAGGCUCUCCUUGUUUUUACCAACUGAGUCAUACAGUAUUUUGCACCUGGCCUUUAGAAUUAACGCUUUUCUUACUUACGCACAGACUAGAGACGGGACUGCAUAGUGUUGCAGUUUCUGUGGAAACUGUUAACACAAAAAGAAAUAAUAAGUAAUGGUAACUGGACUGAGUGGAGUCCAAUUCGGUCUGCAAUCAUACGAGCGAUAACAAAAUCGGACGACCGCGUAGCGGGAGUCCGAUUUGUUUAAUCACGAGUAUGAUUACAGACCGAAUUGGACGACACGAAGUUCUGUUACCAAUUAAUCAUAACUUUAACAAAAUUUGUGAUAUAAUAGGCUAUUUUUUAAAUCAAAACGCAAGAAAUUCGAAAUUUUGUUUUGCUAGCAUUGAAAAAAAAGCCAUUUAAGCGCGCGCUUGAUGGCGCGUACUGUCCAAUUACUUAGGCAUGACGCGUACUGUCCUAUCAAACUGUCCAAUUAAGGCUGAAAUCAGGGCAGUUGAUAGCCAAUCAGAUUUGAGAAUUUUGUUAUAGUUAUGAUUAUAAUGAUAAUAACAAUGUAAUAGUAAAAUAAUAAUAGUAAUAAUCUGAUUACUAAUAAUGACAAUGAUGAUGACGAUGCCAAUGAUGAUUAAAUAUUAUUGGCAACAAAGCUUUGUUGGGUAAUCUCCUAUCCUACUUGUAGGUUGGAUAGCCGCUGCUCGUCUAGAGGAAGUGACAGGCCGCAUGCAAGCAGCACGCAACACAAUCGUGAAAGGAACUGAGGUCUGUCCAAAAAAUGAAGAUGUCUGGCUUGAAGCUAUCCGAUUACAGGUAAUUACUACUAAAUUAAAAAAGAAAUCUACAGUAAUACGCUUACCCUGUGUGUCCACAGUACCUAUAGACUACGAGUAGUCCCCCAUUUUUCCUCAGGGAUAGCACAGCGAGAGAAACGCGAGCGUGCGUGAAAAUCACCCCACACGCUCCCUGAGGAAAAAUGGGGGACUACUCAUAGUCUACAGUACCUAUUGCAAAAUACUGUUUUUGGCAGUGACAGUUUCAGUUGUUGGUAAAUUGAUAUGCACUGUUUCAAAGGGAUGCUUGAUAUCCUGCAGUGACUACUCAAACAAUAUCUUCAUCAACAGUUUUGUUGAUUCAAACUCUGUAUUUGAGAGAGCUAUUUGAGACAGGCCCUGUGUCUGAGGUGCCACACGUUCUGAUAAGCAAGCCCGGCCUUUGCAUCUUCCGUUAAAAUACUGAACAACUUAACGUCUUUGUGGACCGUCCUGAUUCUCGUCUACAAAUAGCCUGCAUAUCUGGCGCUUUUUGUGGGAAGGGGCAAUUAAGGGAAGUGCUGUGAAGUGGUAAAGCAACGAUGAGAAUGAGAGGGUCUGCAACUUGUGCAUGACUGUCCAUCUUUUCGCCCAAAUGGAGAGCUUGCUCGCAGGCUCCCGUACUCCCCUGCCGCACUGUGAAAUUGGACGUGUUUACUACCUUCCUUAUUAAUGGACUAUAUAAUGAUAUGCUUUAUUUAUUGACUUUGCAGCCCCCGGAAUCUGCCAAAUCAGUGUGUGCUCAAGCCGUGGGUCAACUGCCUCUAUCAGUUCGACUGUGGAUAAAAGCUGCAGCAUUGGAGGAUGAAGUCAAAGCAAAGAAGCGAGUCUACAGGAAAGGUAAAGCGGAACAUCCGUAGUGAGUAAAACCCCAACAUAACCAACCCCCAAAUGGAUAGUGCUGUAGGUUUACGGUCAUCUCGCCACCAACGAAAUCGCCACCUAUCAAUGGCAAACCCAUUUAUGCAAACCCAUCAUUUUGGUCUUGGUUUAGCUAGGCGCUGGGGGUUUAGCAACUUUUGACUAUUUAAAAUCGUAAAAAUCCUAGGUAAGUAAUCCUAGGUUAGUAGACGCGUCGAUUAUUACAGAGUUAGUACUUGGUGGCGAGUUGGUUGGCGGCGAGUCGACAUUUUUGAUAGUGACUUCGGUGGUGGCGAGAUGACCGGUUACUGUCCUGUAUUCAUGAGCUUGCACUAACUGGCAGACCUCAUGGUAAAUAGCAAUUACUGGUCAUCUCUGAUCAACGCACGGGGUCCUUUUUUAGCAAGGGGUGUGGGGUAAGGAGGGAGGCGGACACUUAAAAGACUAGGGGCGCUUUCCAUUUAGUCAAAAUUUCCUGAAUUUCCGGUUCGGCGGUAAAUGGAACACGUUUCGUCGGUUCGUCCCACUGGAAAAUUCCCAGAAAAAGUGGAAAAUCUAAAAAGGUGGGCCCGUUUACCCGGUUGGAAUUUCCGAACGGAAUGUCGUGUUCCAUUUACGUUUCUCGUAGUUUGUACCAGUUCCAGGUCCACGGUUGGGCACCGCCACGUACCGGGGUUUACGACCAAAUGGAACAACUUUUUACCAAUCGGAAAUUCCACUUUUGCUACCACCGAAAUUUCCGGGUUUUUUUCGUAAAUGGAAAGCGCCCUAGGAGAGGCCCCCUAUUUUCCUUAUGGGUAGUAGAGCGUCAGCGAACGAACACGCGCGCACGUUCCUCGCCGGUUGGGAUUGUCACACGCGCUCGCAUGUAUCGUUCACUCUACUAUCCAUGAGGUAAGAAAAGGACUGCUCCUAGUGUGUGAGCACUUGAGAAGUCAAAUCGAGCGAACACGCGCCCACGUUCCCCGCCGGUUGGGAUUGUCACGCGCGCUCUCAUGUAUCGUUCACUCUACUAUCCAUGAGGUAAGCAAAGGACUGCUCCUAGUGUGUGAGCACUUGAGAAGUCAAAUCGAGCGAACACGCGCCCACGUUCCCCGCCGGUUGGGAUUGUCACGCGCGUUCACAUGUAUCGUUCACUCUACUAUCCAUGAGGUAAGAAAAGGACUGCUCCUAGUGUGUGAGCACUUGAGAGGUCAAAUCGAGCGAACACGCGCCCACGUUCCCCGCCGGUUGGGAUUGUCACGCGCGCUCGCAUGUAUCGUUCACUCUACUAUCCAUGAGGUAAAAAAAGGACUGCUCCUAGUGUGUGAGCACUUGAGAGGUCAAAUCGAGCGAACACGCGCCCACGUUCCCCGCCGGUUGGGAUUGUCACGCGCGCUCGCAUGUAUCGUUCACUCUACUAUCCAUGAGGUAAGAAAAGGACUGCUUCUAGUCUGUGAGCACGUGAGAAGUCAAGGGAUUGGAAAAGUUCAAAACUAGUUAUGUGAAUUUUUUUCUCGUUUGUGUUAAUCCCUUUAGCUUUAGAACACAUUCCAAACUCAGUAAGGAUCUGGAAAGCUGCUGUAGAACUUGAAGGACCAGAAGAUGCACAGAUCAUGUUGAGCAGGGCGGUAGAAUGCUGUCCAACCAGCGUGGAGGUAAUUUUUUAAUUGUGGGACUCUUUUUACAAACACAGUUUUUUGCCUCCUUUCACUUUCCAGUUUUUUUGUUUGUUAUUUCAUAGCUUUGGCUUGCCCUUGCCCGCCUGGAAACCUAUGAAAAUGCAAGGAAGGUAAGAACUAAAGAGACAUUCAUACACUUACUGUUGUAUUAUUAGGCGGUAUUUUUCAUGAUGUUACGGAGCACUGCGUGUGUAACAAAACACUGUAAAGAAGAACUUACAAACGUUGGAGAAAUGUCCAUUUUCUACAAAAAAAGGUCAAGUUUUGUGGAGGAUGGAAAGGCGGGUUUACGCCCCUCGUUUGGUUUCAGUGAACUAAAGGUCUUUCAAAGUUGCCUUUUGCAAUCUUUUUGAUAUGAGAAGAUAGCGAGUGUUUUUAUGCGCUUUCCCAGUCAGUUAAAUACUCUAAGCACAAUUGAUCGUCAGUUUAAAAGCAAUUUGCCUUUCAGUUUUCCAACCUGAUGAAACUCUUUAAAAAAUUGAUAAAUUUUAGUUACUUGUGCUGUGAUUGUUGUUGUUGUUGUUUUGACGUUUAAAUGUUUGAUUUAACUGUAGGUUUUGAACAAAGCUCGUGAAAAUAUUCCAACCGAUAGACAAAUUUGGAUAACAGCAGCAAAACUUGAAGAAGCUAAUGACAACUUUCCUAUGGUGGAAAAGAUCAUUGACAGAGGUACAAGUACUUUUAAGCGCCUUGCGGAAUCUUAAAACGCUCGUUUUAUUGAAGGAGCUGUGGACGGUAGGGAUGGGUGGGGGAAGGGCUACUCCCUAUAAUGACCUAUGCGGGAAAGGGGUACCUUUUCAGGUUUCAGGUAUAUGAAAGGGUAGGGGUUUCACUUGUUAACGGAUAUGAGAGGGAGGGGGCUGUCAUAUCGGUAUGUGAAAAGGACUUAAAAGGGCCCGUAGACGGUUUUUAUGGCUGUAAAAGAGACAAGAAACCUUUCUGGUUCAAUACUUUUAAAAAGAAAAAAAUAUGCACUUUAUUUGAGUGUCAAUGUAUUUAGCACGAAAGUACUAAUUGUGGACACUAAUUUUACGUCUCCUAGUGGAGACGGGGCCGCCAUUUUACGUGGUCAUCCGAGCCACGCGAAGGUCUAGCCGUUUGAAGGACAAAGGAAGUACCUUCAUUUCAGUUAUUUUAAGACCCUGAGUAUUGGUCCGGCCCCGGGAAUCGAACCCGCGACCUCCCGCUCUGCAGUCAAGCGCUCUACCGACUGAGCUAAACCUGCCGUGGUAGAGUGACGGUGCAUUUACUACACUUGAAAGAGAUGCAGUAUUCUGAACGAAGUAUGUGAGAUCGGUAUCAUUUGUUAACAGAAGGUUACGAGCGCGGUAGGUUUUCUAUCAAAAGUAGAGAGCUUAAGCAACGAUAACGACGACGGCAAUGAGAACGGCCAAAACUUAAAGCAAUGGAUCGGCUGAUAUUAGCAAAAACCCACCUUUGCACGUGCAUCACGCUUUUUUGUACAUUUCUUAGCCGUCGUUGCACGACUACAACGUGAAAGUGCCUAAUUUCACGUUUUGUCGGGGACGGGAACACAAGACAACAACUUACUUGGUAGAGAGACGGUGCAUUUACUACACUUGAAAGAGAUGCAGUAUUCUGAACGAAGUAUGUGAGAUGGGUACCAUUUGUUAACAGAAGGUUACGAGCGCGGUAGGUUUUCUAUCAAAAAUAGGGAGCUUAAGCAACGAUAACGGCGACGGCAAUGAGAACGGCCAAAACGUAAAGCAAUGGAUCGGCUGAUAUUAGCAAAAAAAGCACCUUUGCACGUGCAUCACGCUUUUUUGUACAUUUCUUAGCCGUCGUUGCACGACUACAACGUGAAAGUGCCUAAUUUCACGUUUUGUCGGGGACGGGAACACAAGACAACAACUUCCUUUUUCUUUUCCUGAACUUUGAUGCAGUCCUUUAGAAUUCAACUCUAAAACAUUUGCCAACAUUUGAUGAAUUAAACGAGAUGGAAUAAGCGCGAUAACGUUUGAGGCAGCGCGAGUUCACUUUGUAAGUGACGUUUUCGUAGCCGUCGCCGUCGUUGUUGCUUAUUUUAAGCUCCCAAAUGGCUCCCAAUCCCAAGGGAUUGGCUCCUCGUACAAGACUGCGCUGAAUUGACCCCCCCCCCACCCCUCUCCCCUGGUAUGAGCAAUAGACUAACAUCGCCUUCUGACUUUCCUCCUUAGCUGUUACGUCUUUAAAAGCAAAUGGUGUGGAAAUUAAUAGAGAUCAAUGGAUAAAGGAUGCCGAGGAAAGCGAGAAAGCUGACAGUGUACAGACUUGUAGGGCCAUAAUGUAAGUUAUAUUGAUUGGUUUUUGGAACUGAUAAAUGUACUGUUCACAGUCCCCCAUUUUUCCGUAAGAUCGUCGCGAUCGAGCGCUUUGCUUCAUGGCGGCCAAUUUGGAUGAGUAUCACUGAAAUCUACUUGGGAGCGGGGGGAGUUCUCGCCUCCCUCCACCGACGGCUAUAAACCCCGACACCUGCCCCCUCGGUUCAUAUGAAACUAAGAUGGCCGCCCGUACCGGUAAGCGCUCGAUCCUGACGAUCUUGCGAAAAAAUAGGGGACUGUGACCAAUCUAGGAAUUAAAAGGAAAACUUCGUGCUAGUGAAAUUUCAAGACAGUCCAAGAAACAAGCUGGUGAGCUCUUGACUGGACAGAUGACAUAUAUAUUUUUUCUUUUUUCAGUGAUAUUGUGAUUGGCAUCGGGGUAGAGGAAGAGGACAGAAAGCACACGUGGAUGGAUGAUGCCGAGAGUGUAAGUGUUCCCAUGACAACGCACGAUUCAAUCAAUACAGAUUUCGAAUGGUCCAGCAUCUCACGCGAUUCGGAUGUGCGAUAAUGACUUUGCGUGUCGAAUCACCUUGGCUAAUUAGCCUUGGACAGGCUCGUGUGGUCAUCAAUAGGUCAUUAAUUUCCUGAGAAUUACAUCUUAGACCAGCCCUGUAUGUUGCAGGUAAACCCGCCGAGUUCUCAGACUUGUAUGCUUUUCUCCUUUCUCGUCACGGGCUAAUCGUCAACCAGACAUUUAUUAUUUGCUUAUUUAAGACCUCCUCCGCGCUACCCUGGGAACCAGAGGUUUUUUCUCGUGUGCGACGAGGAGCUUCGUCGGUCGCAGGCCGACUCGUCUUCGGCCGAGCGAAGACACGAGCGGCGAAGCUCUGGCACCCAGGGUACUUCCGCGCAAGUUUGUUAAAUAAUGGAAAUGCUUGUAUACACACUCGCCUAAAGGGUCUGAGUGUAUAGUGUCACUCGUGGGAUAUCUCACGGUAUUUUACUCCAAGAGUAAGCAACAUAACUUUUGUCCUAACAACAACAAUGCAUCGUUAAGAAAAAAGGUUACGAUAAUUUCAAAAAUAGUCAACAAGGGAAAAAUGCUUGUUAAAUCUCUUAUUGAAUUCCCUCAACUGAUUCUUUAAGGAAAUACAUCCAGAUAAAUUUGGACAAGUUGUUUGUAGAUAUGGGGGCGUUGCGUUUGAUUUGAAGAUUUUAAUCAAGCUUUCUCCAUCUUAAUCUGCAGUGUAUUGCUAACAGUGCAUAUGAAUGUGCACGAGCUAUUUACGCGCAUGCCCUGUCCGUAUUUCCCAGCAAGAAAAGCGUCUGGUUACGAGCUGCGCACUUCGAAAAGAACCAUGGGACAAGGUAAGUUCACUACAUCCAAUGUUGCUGACUUUCCUGUGGGCUAAUAAAUUAUCACUCACUGGUGAGGAAUAAACUGCUUGUAGUCUGCUUCGAUUUUGUAUGUACAAACACGCUGUCACUGCGAGACUGUAGGGAGUGGACGGGCAGAUAAGGAACUCGCUUCCCCCCCACUCCACGCCCCAAUUCUCCGUCUGCUCUCCUGCUCGCCCAUGCAAAGAAUCGUUACGGACUGCUAGAGUUGGGCAGUUCAGUCAAAGAGGGGCUUUGUAUGCUGAACAAGUCAAUUGGAGAUAUUUCUAAAUGCGAAAUUAGGGAUGAAGCGAGAGAAACAAAGUCUUAAUACUCAGGUUAUAUUUUGAAUGAAUUUGUUUUCCAGUUGGCGCAUUUAAAUUUGCACCUUCCAGAGCAAGACUUUUUAUGUCUAUUUUUCCUUAAUACUUGCCUAUACCAAGACUAAUUUUGCCAACUUAACUAAGUAGGUUUUGCUGUUAACCUAAGUCCUGGUUUGUCCUUAAACAGAGAAUCUCUAGAAGCCCUGUUACAGAAUGCAGUUAAGCACUGCCCCAAAGCUGAAGUCCUGUGGCUCAUGGGAGCAAAAUCAAAAUGGAUGGCCGUAAGUCAUAGUGCAGUCUGUACUUUAUAAUGUGAUGUUAUUAGUUUAACUUUUUGUGUCCCUGAACGAAAUCUGUAGUGUGAUCGUUCAGAUGGAAGCUGCUGGAUGAGCUGUACUUUCUUGCGACUAGCAUGCUGCACGAGGGUUCUAACUUUUGAGACUGCGGAUGAAAUCCUAAAGACUAGUAUGACCAUUCAAAUGAAAGCUAGUAAGCAGUACUUACGCUGUACAAGGUGGUUCUAACUUUUGAGUCUGUGGGUGAAAUCCUUAAGUGUGACCAUUCAAAUGAAAACUACUGUGUAGUACUUUCCUGUGGUACUGUUUAUUAUGCUGUGCAAGGUGGUUCUAACGUUUGGGUCUGUGAACUGAUGAAAUCCUAAAGUGUGACCAUUCAAAUGAAAGCUACUAAGCAGUACUUUCGUGUGGUACUGUUAUUAUGCUGUACAAGGUAGUUCUAACUUUUGAGUCUUAAAUGAAAUCCUAAGGUGUGGCCUUUCAAAUGAAAGCUACUGAGCAGUACUUUCCUGUGGUACUGUUUAUUAUGCUGUACAAGGUGGUUCUACCUUUUGAGGCGUGGAUGAAAUCUUAAAGUGUGCCCUUUCAAGUAAAAUCUCUUUGGAAGUAUUUUUGUCUGGUGUUAUUUGUUUUCAGUUUUAAACAAAAUAAAAUUUGGCAGUUUAUUUUUCUUGAAUUUUGUUUAUUAGCACUCUUAGAGUAGAAGUUUUUUUUCUUGUUUCAUCUUUAAAAUGUUCCUUGUCAUCAUCUCAGUUUGAUUGUUCGUUGUAGGGGGAGAUAAAUCAUGCUCGGCAAAUCCUGUCUCUUGCGUUUCAAGCCAAUCCAAACAGUGAGGAAAUUUGGCUGGCUGCCGUCAAAUUAGAAAGCGAAAAUAACGAAGAUCAGAGAGCAAGGUGAGUGAAAAUUCUAACCCUGUUUACUAUUAUUCAAUAACAAUAAUAAUAAUAAUAAUUUAUUUGUAAGGCGCAAAUGACAUUUAAAUGUGAUCUUAUGCGCUCUAACAACAACAACAAAAAUUAUAUAAAAUUAUACAUAAAAUUUCCUAAAAAAACUAAAAAUUUAGUAUAAAUCUCUCUAGUAUAUAUACAAUUAAAAGGCAAUUAUAAGAUUUGAUUAUUAAAUGUAUCGUAACUUAGUAAUUAAAAUUAUCUUAAAUCGUUAAUUGAUAAGUCAUAAUAAUAAUAAUUGUAAAUCUAUAAAUCAUAGGCUUCUUUGAAAAGUAACGUUUGUCGUCAGCUUUGAAAUGCUUCAUGUUUCCAUCCUAAAUGCACUUGGAAGUUUGUUCCAUAGAGUCGAUUCAGCCACUUGGAAGGCCCUGACGCCUAAGGUCUUUUUAGACUUGAACGUCGGUGGAGCCAGUGACAGUUCACCAUUUGACCUAAGGUUGUUCUUAACUUCUAUUAAAUUUUGUACAUAAUAUGGAACCAGUCCAUGUAUUGCUUUAAAUAUUGUAAGUAUCACAUUAAAUUUAAUCCGGACACUUAUUGGUAACCAGUGUAACUGACACAGUACAGGUGUUAUCUGACAAAACCGCGGAGUAUUUGUUAUUAACCUGGCAGCCAUAUUCUGAAGACGCUGCAGCUUAUUGGUAUUAUUUCUCGGAAGACCGUAGAGUGAACUGUUACAGUAAUCUACACGCCCCAUUACCAGUGCAUUAACCAAACAUCUGGUUGAAUCCAACGUUAAGUUUUUCCACAGGGAGCCCACACAAUCUGUUUGCGUAGCCGAUUGUUAUUUUGUAGUAAAUGUACUGGAUUUACCGUUUGCUUCACCUAUAGCGAUAUAUCGCUAACUAUGGAUAUAAAUCAAUGAUAAAUAAACGUUGAAUUACCUUACCUGUGGUAUAUAGUCGUCGUUUUACCUCAAAAGCGGUUUUUUGAGCGAUUUUUGAGUUUGAUUUCGCCGUUGACUGUUCCUUAUAUUAUUAUUAUAUUAUUAUUAUAAGGAACAGUCAACGGCGAAAUCAAACUCCUUCAAAAUCGCUCAAAAGACCGCUUUUGAGGUAAAACGACGACUAUAUACCACAGGUAAGGUAAUUCAACGUUUAUUUAUCAUUGAUUUAUAUACAUAGUUAGCGAUAUAUCGCAAAAGGUGAAGCAAACGGUAAAUCCAGUACAUUUACUAUAAAAUAACAAUCGGCUACACAAACAGAUUUUGUGGGCUCCCUAUGGUUUUUCCUGAUCUUUCUUAUAUUAUGGCGAUAGUAGUAACCUGUACAACACGUUUUUGUAAUUUGAGCAUCAAACUUCAGAUGUGGAUGAAACAGAACUCCAAGAUUUCGUGCAGCACUAGCAGGAGCAACACUGGUGUCACCAACAGAUAAUUCGGCAACACUAACCUUUUUAAGUUGUUGUCUACUUCCAAUGAUUAUAGACAGCAACUUGAAAAGGUUAGUGUUGCCGAAUUGUCUGUUGGUGACACCAGUUAAGUUGCUUGUUCUUUAACUUGUUCGUGUUGGUUUAGUCUUCAUUGUUUUUCGUUGGUUAACCUUUCUAGGUGUAAUAGACUAUUGACGCUCCCAGCCCAAUUGAAAUAAAAUGUGUCUUGUUUUUUAACAGAAAACUUCUACAGCGAGCAAGACACAACGCAUGCACACCGAGGGUAGGUAGAAGCCCGUGUUGUACGAGGCGUGUUAUGAUUGCUUUCAGUUUUUUGUGUUUCUAACGUACCUUUUGUUCUAUAGCGCAGACGCGUUUUGUUCUACACGCAGACGUUCUUAGGGCUUAGACAGAACACUUGACGAAGCGCUAAGAUCGUGUGCAUGCGUAACUUUUACUCGUUUCUUUAUCCGAUAUAGACAUUCGUUCAACUUCAAUUUUCUUUUUAAGUUAAACAAAUUCUUUCACUUUUAAAGGUUUUUUUUUUAACCCUCAGGUGAUGAUGAAAUCCAUCAAGUUAGAGUGGGUCUUGGGAAAUCUUUCAGAGGUAUGUAUUUCCCGCGCUUGGUAACCUUUAUCUUUUUCCCGCCUUGUGAACCCGUCAUCUCUUUCUCGUGCUUGGUACCCAUUAUUUACCCAUAAUCUAUCUACCGCGCUUGGCAUCCUGUUUCUAUUUCCCGUUAUUUGCACCUGUAAACUCCAAUUCCCGCGCUUGGCAACCGUUACCUUUUUUCCGCGCUUGGCACCCGUUACCUUUUUCCUGCGCAGCGCUUGUCACCCGCUAUCUAUUUCCCGCGGUUGACACCUGUUUGCCUUUUCCCGCGUUUGGCAGCCGUUAUCUUUUUCGAGCGCUUCGCAAAGUGUAGUAUGCUUGUGCUCAGGCCAAGUCGUUACUUCACGUUGCUAUGGUAGCAAGAUUUCUAGAUGACAACAAACCGAAAACGUCACUAAAAAGUAAAUUCGCACUGUUUCAAACUUCAUCGAUCUUAUUCAAUUUCAUUUAAUUUGUCAAGUGUUGGCGAAAUGUUCUAGGGUUAUACCCGAAAAGACCGUAUCUAAGUUGAGCAAAGGAAAAAGAAAAUUUCUCGUGUUGUGUUCACGUACUCCUGAAAGUGGGCGCGUGAAAUUAGGAAGUUUCAUGUCGCAGUCGUGCAACGACAGCUUCGAAAAGUGCAAAAAAGAGUGGUACGUGUAAAGUUGUUGUUCUGGUUUUAUAAACCUACUACCUUUUGGCCGUUCUAGUUGUCGUCGCUGUCAUCGUUGCUUAAGCUGCCUAUCGUUGUGGUCCAGAAAUUUUGCUACCAUGGUGAUGUGACGUCACUAUUCUUCUCUCUAUUCCUUCCAAUUUUAAUUUUUAUCUUGCUGUUCUGUUUCCCAGGCGGAACGGUUGUUGGACGAAGCUGUUCAAAAAUAUCCCGAUUUUGCGAAGGUAAGAGUGACUAACAACUUUGAAGAACUACACUCGAAUCAGAACAAAUCCGUUGCAUUGAUAACUUUGUCUGCUGUAAAGCUUAGUUUUAUUUAUUUAUUUAUUUAUUUAUUUUUUAAUUAUAUAUUGAAGUUAUGGAUGAUGAAAGGUCAGAUACAAGAAGAGUUAAAUAACGUGGAUAACGCAAGAGAAGCCUAUAAGCAAGGGGUGAGUGUAUGAGAAAUUCGAUCUUUAUUCAGAUACGUAAGGGAGGACAUAAUUUUGAUCUAAAGAAUCUAUGCCCGACUGUUUAGCUAUCUUUAUAUCUGAGAUUAUGAAAUCGGAAACCGGUCCAUGCGAGGUAUUGGAUUAAACAUUUGACAUGAUUUGAUACCCACCCGCAGCCGAAAAUUUUCGAAAAUUCUCCAAACGAUGUCUGGAGGUCGCACGAACAUCUCCUAUUCUGCCAGACGUUCCGAAGAUUUCCGAAGGAGAUCUGAGGGUGUUUGGAUUCUUGACAAACACCUCCUCAACCACAAACACCUAGUACUUAAGUGCCUUCCAGUAUAGUACUUUUGGGCAAAUUAAAAUAAAAGCAUUUAUAUUAAACAAAUUGUGCUGUCUUUGUAUUUUCAUUUUCUACAUGAAUGAAACUAUUUUACUUGACUGCGGACACGUGCCUCUUUUCUUUGUUGCAGACGAAAAAAUGUCCCCGUUCCAUUCCAAUUUGGCUUUUAUUAGGCAGGCUUGAAGAAAAAACAGGUAUGAAAACCAAGAUGUGCGAACGUUCAUUCAAAUCUUUAGCUUAUUCUCCGAUACGUGGUCGUUCCUGGUCCUAAUAGUGGAUUUCACUUUCUUGUAGUUUAAGCAUGUCAAGUUAUUUCAUUUCUCCGUUUUUCAGGCCUAACUACUAAAGCAAGAUCUGUUUUUGAACAAGCCCGCCAGAAAAUUUCCAAAUCCCCGGAAUUAUGGUAAGAUUAAAGUUUAUCAUAAUGUUGAAAACGCUUAAGAUGUGGAGUUGCGCCUGGCAAACGCCCUCUCCAAUUAUCGUACGUUACAAACGCCCUUUUGGACUUGCCAUAAUUGGCUACGGAUGUGGCGGUGUCCCGGCCACUUUUUUCUAUUUUAAUUUAGUUAUCUGAGGGUCUUAAUAGGGUUAACCGUCGAGAGCUGUCAAACGGCCUGAAAUUCAACCGUCAAGCGUCAAAAAUGCGGAUUAAUUAUUUACCGUCAAAACGAUUGAAGGAAUUUCUAUAAUGUCACUAUUUCAGUUGAUCUAACAGGAGUCUGGCUCCUGAAGAAACUCUAAACUGGAAAAACCAGUUCCCAUGUUCUCAGAAACACUCCUUCGAGACAUUGCAAGACCUUGCAACUUGCUUAUGUCUGAAAAUUUUUCGAAAUUUCAUAGGUUAAAGGCCAAGACAACUUCAAAACCACAACAGCCAACAUUUAUUUAUUCUCUUUGGUAAAUUUAAUUGAAUAAAACUAUAAUCCUCAUAUAACUCACUUUUUCAGCACUGUUUCGUUUGGUUUGUUCAUAGUUAAUUGAGUGGAAUGGUUAUGAAACCCGUCAGACUCCUUUGUUAUAUGUUUUUGUGGACCUGAAAGUGCACAACGUUCAAAAGAAUUCCUAUCAUUUUGAUUGUAUUGACCAAUAAAAACGUUGCAUUAAUUUAUUCCGUAACAAUUUGCCAACAGAAAACAAAGGAUUGUGCACUUUCACGGUGCUUUGAACAUAAACUGCAGCACUGUUGUUUUUAUCAUUGAUGUUUGCCGCUUUUCAUAACCAGUCUCCUCUAAUAACUAUGGUUUGUUUUAAGUAAUGAUCCGAGUAAGGUGGAUAGCAAUUUCUUUUGUUAUGCGGCAACGGUGCUUUCCCCACAUAGGAAUGUUCUCAUUUUUACACAGAGAAUGAAUAAACUUACAUGAAGGCCGUUUACGUAAUAAAAGGCAUUUACACUCCACUUUGAAAGGGUGUUUUUUUGUGUUAAAAGGUUUUGACCAAUCACAAGAGCUGAAAACGACAGCCAAGGAAAGUUUACAAUUUUACAUGUUCCCCACAUAGGAUUUCUUUUUAUUCAAACUGAGACCAGAUUUUGUUAUAUGGAAGAUGGUUGGAAAGUAAGGAUGAAUAUAUGUACUGCUUUAUGACGUUUUGUUAACUUUUGCUGUUUAAGCCAAUCAGAAGUAAGUACAGACAAUAGAAAAGUUAGCACGGUUUUUGCAUUCCAACAUGUUCGUUGCCGUUGUUGCUAUCGUUCUUACCUGGACCGUUUCUUAACAAUUAAAAUUUCCAGUUUUUCGCACAUGUUCAUAUUUUGGCAUGCCUGUCACUUCUACCUGGCUUUAUAUCACUUAUUUUUUCCAUCGCUUUGCCCAUUAAUUUUUGGUUUCUGUUUGACCUAGGCUUGAAGCAGUUCGGAUAGAAACCAGAGGAGGGCGUAAAGAAUUUGCUCGCACUUUGAUGGCAAAAGGUAACCGUGCUGUUUCGUAAGCCAACCACUUGAUUUUGAAGUAAAACUCUCCUGUCACCCUCUUUUUGACUUAUUGGGUGUUUCACACGCAAGUUGACAGGGGCAACCAGCGAGAAUAUAGUUCAAAACCACUUAAACAUAGCAUUGUUAAACGUAUUUUAGGAUUUAAACGGUAGAUAUAGGCAUAUAUUUAUCCCCUAAAAAUUUUUCAUUUGUUCGGAUUUCCUAGCAGAAAGUCUAGUGAUCUGAAAAUUAUAGGGAUCAAAACUUACCUUUUCGAAAAUUUCAGCCAGAAAAAAGGCUCCCGAAAAUUCUAGCUGACUUUUUUAGGGUAAAAUCCUUUAAAAAUGGGCAAUUAUACCAUUUUUUGGAUGUUCGAAAAUCCUACGAGAGGCAGGCAAGCAAGAAAUUUUGCAACAAAUGUUCCGAAAACUCUAGAUCUCAAAUCGUCUUCCGAACAGAUGUUUUCCUUAAAUUCACGUUGGGUGCCCCUGAUUGGGUCUUUCACACGCAAGUUGAGCCUGUGAAGACACCUUUCCAUUCUUCAAAUGUCCCCAGUGGUGGGAAGCGUUUAGAGAUGAUUGUAUUCAGAGGCAUAUACAAGUUUAAUGGCCUGUUUACAUGGAGGUGGGGGACCCCAGAUAGGUGAGGUAACAUGCAGCGGGUCACCUCACCUAUCAUGUAAACGUGAUCACAUUAAAAUGAGAGAUAAUGUGGACAGGCGGGCUACCUCACCUACCUGGGGUCCCCCACCUCCAUGUAAACGGGCCCUAACUCUACUCAAGAAUCCACUGGGUGACAUGUCAGGAGUUCUUGUGUCUUCACGACUCUUUUAAGUAUUGAUAUUGUAGAAAAAGGAAAAAAAAAAGAAGAUUCUCAAUCGUGUUUUAGAGGGCUAGGGCAACACGUGCGGUUCAGUGCUAUUCAAUCUGAGAUCAGUCCGAAUUUGGCUCAUCCUCGAUGUAACAAGCUGUAACACUCUUGAGCGACAUAAAACAAAGAAAACAAAGAUAUAGGACCUAGGAAAAUAAUAGAUAUCAAAACAAAGAAAAACUUCAGUGGUUCUUAAACCGAGGUAAACCUCCUAUGUAUUAUAAUUUGAAGUUAAUGAUAAGUAAACAAAGGUCUGUAUGAUGGUCUGUUACCAUGAAAGCAAGACGUCACUAAACAGUUAGGGGACUAAGUGCUUUAUGUGCAUGCCCUUGUCUACCCUUGCUCUGCCCAUUUCUUAGCCUGCGAACGGCAGACGUUUUUCCUCGCUCAUGGCCUCUGAGGGACGUUUCGCAAGGAGGAACAUCUGCGACUCAGCUACAGAAAUUCCAUACUGAUGACGCAAAAUCUGUCCGGAAUCCGGUCAGAAGCGCUAAUUGGUCGACGGAGUAAUUUCAUUGUUCUAGCUAUUGUUUACGAAUGACAGUCAAAAGACAAAACGCGACAAAGGUCAAAUGUGAACGCGAUGAAUCUCUAACAAAAUAGUUAUGUGUUGAAUAUAGUCUUCUCUGGAAUAAGCAUUUGCGUUUUGCUGGAGCUCAUUCGCAGAUGAACACAACACUUUUCCAAAGUCGACCAGGAGAGACGUAAAAUUGAACAAAUUUGCAUUGGAACCCAUGACUACCGGAUUUAUUAUGUAAAUUUUGAUUUACGUCAUCAGUAUGGAAUUUCUGUCGCUGAAUCGCAGACGUUCCUCCUCGCGAAACGUCCCUCGGCGGCCAGGAGCGAGGAGAAACGUCUGUCGUUCGCAGGCUACCCAAUUCUACAAUAGUACACCCUGAGGGGAGGGUAGAAGAGGAGAGUUGCUGUAGGUAGACUGUUAACUUAUAAACAAGAUUUUCUUUUCAUGAAAGUUAUUCAAAGAAGUUGAGCAAUCCUUGUUUCCUUAUUUCAGCUAUGCAAGAUUGUCCUGCGUCUGGAAUUCUUUGGGCGGAAGCCAUUUUCAUGGAGAGCAGACCUCAGAGAAAAACAAAGAGUGUGGAUGCACUUAAAAGAUGCGAGCAUGAUCCGCAUGUACUUUUAGCGGUUGCCAGGUUAGAAGUAACAUCGAUUGGAAUUGUCCGGGAUAAUUGAUCUAAAGGCAGAUGCUUCAGCCUGCGAGAUGACGCGGGUAGACUUAAUGAACGGGUUUUCAAACCACGUAAUUAGGCGGUCGCACUUUAUGUGCAGUCCUGUUCCAUAAUAGCUCUAUUAAGUACCCCCUCUAACAAUUCGGCUGAUUUAGCAACAGAGCGGGAACGUCAUUUGACGACGGGAAAGCGCGCGGAAAGCACUAAACUCGACCUCCAGUGCCCAAUUUGCCGCUCAGCCACCGGUCAAGCCAGUUGUUUGAUUUGCGCGCGCCGUCGUCAACUGACGUUCCUGUUCAGUUGCUUACAGAUUGGAAGUCGUUUUGUUUUGUGUUUUUUUUUUUUGGGGGGGGGGGGGAGGCGGGGAAAGGGGAUAAGCCCUCUUCUCCCACUCCUCCCCACCCUAGAUUGGGACGUUAGAUUUUGUAAUUCGUCUCUCCUUUUCUCUGCUUAUGCGAUCUCCUCUGCAGGCCGCCCAGUAGGUUUAUGUUUAAAAAGUCUCCAACACAAACGAAGUGCGACACGGUGCACACUCUGUCAAUCCCAAAACCGUUCGCCACGAAAAGCCUGGAAGAGCAAGGUUCGCCUCUCUGCAACUGCUGAUCAAAAGUGCUAAAAAACGUCAUACAUCUGCACAAAGAAACCGGUGUUUUAGGGUCUAAAAAUUUCUCCCGCCUCCCUUCCCCUGACUCUGGUAAUGAGACUUGACGCAAAGCCUGUCAUGGACUUAAUAGCUCUUUAACGGUAUUUCUACUGGACUUUUCGAACGUGAUUAAGUCGUGUUACCCCAAAUAUGCAAAGGCGUGAGAUAAAGGUGAUUAUUUUUUAGACAAAGGGCCUGUUUACAUGGAAGUGGGGGACCCCAGGUUGGUAAGGUAACCCGCUUACGUGGGGUAACCCGUCUGUCCAUAUAAUCUGUCAUUUUAAUUUGAUCACGUUUACUUGAUAGAUGGGGUGACCCGCCACAUGUUACCUCACGUAUCUGGAGUCCCCCAUCUCAAUGUAAUCAGGCCCUUAAGAAAUAGUUAGCGGAGAGAAGCGCUGGGCUGCUGAUUUUGACACAUUUACUGCUUUGUGCUAACGUUGAUUUUAUUGUUUUUAGGUUAUUUUGGAGUGAACGAAAAAUAAACAAAGCGAGAGAGUGGUUCAACAGGUACUGUGUCUUUAAGCAAAAAGAAAGCCCGAGCUUAGGAUGUUAUGAACAGCAACUCGAAGUUUGUGUUUCGUUUGCUAGAAUGCUUUCUGCUUAACACAACAAGUAAAUGCUUUCUUAUACUGAUUAUUUAGUGGGAUAAGAGCACUAAAAAUCAACCUUCGGUUGCAAUUCGUGACAUCCUCAGAAAGGUCGCCUUCCAAACGAGUACCGUAAAAUUCCGAAAGUAUGCCCCGGGGCUUAUAUUUUUCAAAGGCCCUUUUUGAGGGGCUUAUAUUCGGAGGGGCUUAUUUACGGAGGGAAAUUUGCGUUUCAAAAUCGAUUGGGCUAGCCCUAUAGUUCAAGAAAAUUUACCGUUUUUUUUACUUUGUAUUUGAGGGCAAUUUCAAAGUACAAGCCCCCAGGGGGCUUAUAUUUGGAGGGGUGGUUUAACGGAGGGCUUUUUGCGUUACGAGUUUGGGGGGCUUUUAUUUGGAGGGGCUUAUUUUCGGAAUUUUACGGUAUUUUUCAAAGAUGCUUAUGGUUAAUUUUCAUCCCCAAAUGUGGGGUUGCCUUGUUGGUUAUUACAGUAAAAGCUCGCGACUAAGACCCUGCAAUUUCCCAAGUUAGACUGAACUGGUUCUUACAUAAAUGGUAAUUAGCACAAAUUUAGGUUAUUUAGGUUCUUAUUUUCUAAAGAAAAAUUAUAUAUUGUAGCUAAGAGCAUUUAGUGAUAUCCAGCUUAUUCCUUAUAUAAAAACUGCUUGCUGCACAUUGCAGUUGGAGCGAUAAGGCACUUUUAUCUCCAAAGAGGAACCUUAAUGUUGACUUAUCUUAUUUGAUUGAUUGUACAGAAUUUUUUAAAUAGAUUUUAGAAAAUAAGAACCUAUUACAAAUCUUGAGCGAAACAGGGUCGUGUAUAGAGGGGGUCUAACUGAUAAAUUUUAGCGUAACAGGUUCUAAAACACCAGGUUCUUGCUGGCGGGUUUCUGCUGUAUUCCACACUUGGGCACACUUAUCAAUCAAGAGUGUUUCCUUAGGGCUGUUAAACUCGACCCAGAUCUCGGGGAUGCUUGGGCCUCGUUUUACAGAUUUGAACUACAACAUGGAACUGAGGUUAGUCAACGAUAACCUGUUUAUUGUCGACCUAACUUGGCGUAUUUCCCCUUCAGCAGCAUGUUUAAAAGUAGCAAUAUUGAAAACUUGGGACGACUCAGUUUUGAAAACACUGCCUUUAGCGAGUGUUUUUGAAUUACGGGCUGUCAAUCAAAAACUUGACAACGGUCUUCCAUUCCUUGAAAUGAAAUGCAAUUAGUGUAAAAACAUGAGCUGAGUACAAGGUGGAACUUCGUUCGUAGGUUUUAUAACUUGUUUAUGUAUUGGGUGUAUUACUCUGCUAAUUACAGCUGCAGUGAAUCACUGCAAUAAAUAUGUUAUUUCCUGAAAGUCGUGUUCGAGAACUAAUUGCAUGUCAGUACAGCUGCCGCGUUCUUUGUCUCAUAUGAAGACGUUAUUACCCAAAGAUUUGUUAAAGGUGUUUGCGUAGGAUGCUACUGUGGUAUAUGUGCCAAAGAAAACAUUGUGAGUAUGGCUACACGUGAGCUACAUCCUGUACCCACGUGUGGCGCCUACUCGUCUCGCCCACACGAAACACCUGCGAGAUCAGGAAUGUGGUCAAACUUAACAAACAAAAUAUUAGUUUGAUUUGCUCACAAGAAGUCCGCGCGAAUAUCAUUGACAGUAGUAUUUACGCCCCCUGUUUACGGUAAACUUUGAGCUUAUAUCAUAAACGGUUUCUACAAACUAAAUCAAAGCUAUUUCAAUGAAGGAUAAUAACAAUUACAGAGCAAUAAAUCAGAAUCGACUUCAGAAUAAGAUAUUUGUUGGAAGUAUUAUACAGCCAGAGGAAGGCUUAAGAAAGAAAUAAAAAAAGCUACGUGACCAAGUUCCAUACAACGAUUUCAUGCUGUUUGGAGUUUAGUACUGGAUGAACCACCCUUUCAAGUGCUUGAUUUAACUGAUAAAAUAAGAGGAAUUCGCCAAAUUCCAUGGCAUAGUUAAUCUGAUUCCCAAUCCUUAUUCUCCGUCUUGAUUUCCUUUGUUUUUUUGCCGAUAAUUUUUAACAACUGUUACCCCAAAGCUUUAUGUUCCCAUAUUAAUUUCGUCUGUUAAGAGAUCGUAAUGUGAAUUAGUUUAAAAACGUGUAGGUACUAUCCAUAUAAUAGAGCUAGUUUUUUUAAGGUCAUAUACUUCUUGGUUAUUUCUAUUUUACGUAGAUAUCCAAUAAAACAUCAAAUGAGAAGUUCUUUUUGUAUUAAAUCCAAAGUUGCGGCUCAGACGUAGAAAAAUAUUUUGUCGUUUGUCGCAAGCCUUUGUUAACCAAAUAACUUUGUUAUCGCUCUGGAAAUUCUGUGUAUCAAACUCUGCGAUUAUAGACACUAUAUGUGAGAAUUUUGUUUUUAAUUUGUACUUUCCAUGCAGGAGGUCGACAACUUGCAUAGCUUUUGUUUUAUUUUGAUUGUUGUUAUCUGCCACAAAACACUUUAAGUUCAGGUAGUUUUGAUUGAAAUCGGUGAGAGAAAUUUAUUGCAUCAUCAAUUUUGAAUGGACGCUUUCUAUCUUCAAAUCAGACAUCUUCUUUAGCACAUCGGUUUACUCGAUACGAUUUGUCGGCGAGAUCUGUCGGCCUAACAAAAAGGACUAUUUACGUGUUAUAAUUUAUCGCGCCGACAUUUUUAUCUAACUGGAAAGUACCACGAUAAAAAUCUGCCUCAACCGAUUCCUAAAAUCUGUUACAACAGGUUUUAAAUUUUGAAAAUUGUUUUGCUUUUUGUGUUCGCGAUACCCGUUGUACCGUGUAUCCGUCCUAUAAGGAUAGGUACACACUCUUGCGUUCAGACAGCUUUUACGUUUUGGAGACGUCUCCGCACAGGCCGUUUUUUCAGGUCAAAACUGCUGAGAGCUGCGAUGAGGGCAAACUGUAUAUUUAUUUAUUUUUUUCCGUUUCCUUUUUUCCCAGGCCCAACAAGAGAGUGUUAUGCAGCGGUGCGGUCUGGCCGAGCCACAUCACGGAGAGAACUGGUGCGCAGUGUCCAAGGCUAUUCCAAACUGGAGACUUCGAACAAAGGACAUUCUGCCAAUUGUGGCUAAGUCUUUAAAACCCAUUGAAAAAGAGUAGAAACAAAUGCAGACAGAUAAGUUAUACGUUAUAGGUAGUGUUUGUAGAUCACAUGCAAGACGUCUUCUCAGUGUGGAGACUGUGUAGGGCAGGGUAAGGCUUUUGUAAAAGAUAAAACGCGCGCGUCCUCAUUGUCUCACGCGAACCAACCUUGACCACAUUCAUGCGCAACUUUGACGAGAGCUUUUGGUUUCUGUCGCUUCAGCACUGAAAAGUGUAGCUGUUUAUUUAUGAUAACGGAAGCGGGCUAUUGAUUUUUGUAACUUUUUUUUGGUGUUCGGUUUUUCCCCUAUGAAUUUCUGUAAAGUGGAAUGUUUACGUGGCCUUUUAUAUUAAGUACACGAGGAUAAAUAGUCAGUUAACCAGAAGAAGAUCUGUAUAUGACAAAAAUUUACAAGAUCGGUUUCUUUAUACAGUGACUAGGAGUAAUAAACAUUUUGGAAAGAAGAAACAUUUAACUGUUCAAUAGUAAUUACCUCUUAUGGCGAAGUUUACUGAAGUGUCUUUAUACCAAAACCCAUGUGUUUUUUUCUUUUGUUUGUAUUUUCUUUUUACCAUCUCUAAGCGACACCAACGACUUAGAAAACCCAUUUAAGAAAUGGGAACGCCAAGCGAUAAACGCAUGUAAUCGUGCGACGGUCUAUAUUGAGUAACUUGGUUGGUGUAAAAAGUGGCGCGAGAUAUACUAUUCAACCAAAAAGUGUAGCAAUAAAACUGCGUCACGGAGUUCUUCGAAACCUCUAAUGACAUUCGAGCUUCCUGCCCCGAAGCUCUAUUGUUCCUGGGUUAGGUUUGAUAUUUCCCUUGUUGCUUGUGGCUGUUACUAUUGAAUAAGGAAAAUUUGUGGAACAAACCAGACCUUUUCCACUUGCUCAACAUUUUCUUUUUUUCUCAUGACCGUUGUGUUUGAUUGAACAGAGUUUGACUAAAUUGAAUGUUGGUCACUCUUAACGUAUAAAGGUUUUCAAUGCUUCUAUUGCGUGCGACGCAGAACAUCUCAAAGCGACCUUUUUUUUACAAGGGCCAGCUCUGGCGAUCUUUUGUGCGUUUCCUUUCAUGUUUUAGUUGACAUGUACCGUUUCAUUUUGUCUCGAUGUUAUUGACAAUCCGUCUAACGUAUUUAGAAUACGUACAUGUGCUGUGUGCUUCUAGCGGCAGCGACCUUUUCAAUUUCGCCAAAGUUUCUAUGGUAUUUGCGCUAAAAAUAUAAUAUUUUCCACAGCAGAUGCUAAUGCACAUGUCGAACGCACUUUUGAUUAAUCGGCGAUUACUCCCAGCAAUACAAAAGUAUGCGUGAGAUAAAAGAAUUUCAGAAUUGCAAAUAACCUGGAUAAUAGAAAAGUGAUCUUAUCACCCUAUAACUGACGUCGAUUUACCAUUAAGAAUGUUCAACUUAGGGUUAAAAGUUUUCAGUUUCCUCAAGUC